ACUUGGCAUUAAGGCUGCACACGUUAACGCGUCCACAUUUAGACCUAUUCGUCUGAUCUUCCGUAUUCCUCAUCAGGCUCGCUUUGUGCUUUUCUAACGCCCCAGGGGCACUGACCAGGGAAAAUGAUGGCGCCGGAGCCGCUGAAAUCGGCGAUGACCAUCGGGAACGCGGAGGACACGUCCCUCGCGCUGCCCUCAGACACCACACUGCGCUCGGGACAAGCGCGCGUCCUCAACCAAGUGCACACCAUCAAGAGGAGCAAGUCUAAACACGGGAGGAAUGGCACCAUAUCUCCAUCUUCUCCUUCAAGUUUGACUACACUGGGGCUAUCAGAGGCAGGAACGUUUAAGUUUACCCCAUUUAAAACAAAUGGCAUGUUUACGCGCAGCAACUCUACUAUGGCACCCUUCAACAAAUCGAUGCACUCUCAGAGGUCCCGCACACUGUCAUCUAAGUCCAUUGGGGGCAGAUUCAUCAGCUCCUCAGGGGCCAUGGAGCAGCAGACCAGUCCCACUAACUGGCCUCAAACUCCAAACGGACUGAAGCCCAGCCGCAGUGACCCAGCCCUGGCUCCGCCUCUGUCUGUGGCCCCACAAUCAAACGGCAUGAGAGCCAAAGGCCAGACUGCAUCGCAGCAGACAAAAGUGAUCAGACACAGCACAUACCCCCUAAUCAAUGGAGGUCAGAUGACCAACAGCCAAACACGUAUGGGCCGCCCACCCUCUACUCAGUCCAAUCAUGAGUCCAAAACCACCAAAACCAGGACAGAGCAGAAAACUAUUGUUACAAAUGGUGUGAACACAUCAGAAAUGACUCUGAAGGAGGCUGUGGCAUUUCUGUCUCAUUCAGAAGAGAAUUUUCAACAACGAGGAGCCACUUUUAUCCAACAUAGUACCUUCAAAGAAGACCAGGCCAAACAAGAGGUUUCCCAGCUCGGUGGUAUCCCUCCUCUUGUGAGCUUGUUGCAGAGUGCCAAUUCUGGGGUAAACCAGGCUGCAGCUGGAGCACUUAGGAAUCUUGUGUUUAAAAACCAGGCCAACAAACUGGAGGUGCAAAACUGUGGGGGCAUUGGGAAAGCUCUGCAACUUCUGAAGGAGACAAACUCAACAGAGACGCAGAAGCAAAUCACAGGCCUGCUUUGGAACUUGUCCUCUUCUGAUGAGCUCAAGAAAGAACUUAUUGCGACAGCGCUGCCUGUGUUGACAGAUAAUGUAGUAGUUCCAUUCACCUGCUGGUCAGACCAAACUGCCAAUAACAACAUACAUCCGGAAGUCUUCUACAACGCCACAGGCUGCCUGAGAAACUUGAGCUGUGCCCAGAAAAGUGAAAGGGAUGCAAUGAGAACAUGCCCCGGUCUUAUCGACUCUCUGGUCAGCUACACUCAGUCCUGUGUGGCAGAGGAAAACCCAGAUGACAAGUCUGUGGAGAACUCUACAUGUAUCCUCCAUAAUUUGACCUACCAACUCGAGGCUGAGGUCCGGGAGUGCUUCGCUAAUUACUACCCUCAAGAAACAGCCCAGAAGAAAUCCCCUACCACAACAGGAUGCUUCAGUCCCAAGAGCAGCAAAGCCCAAAAAGAAUUUUCAUUUGAUCAUAAGCCGGACAGUGCCCCUUCAGGUGUGAUGUGGUUAAGCCAUCCUAAAACCAUGCAAACAUAUGUAUCUCUGUUGGGCUCGUCCCAGAAAGAUGGGACUCUGGAAGCCUGCUGCGGUGCCCUCCAGAACCUGACAGCGAGUCGAGAUGUGGGGUCUGCUGCCAUGAGUCAAAUUAUGGUUCAAAAGCUUGGACUCUUACAGUACAUGGCCCCUUUACUGAAAUCAUCUAACCAGAACUUGCAGAAGACAGCUAUGUCUUUACUGAGCAACUUGUCUAGAACCAGCUGGCUUCGGGCACCUUUGGCCAAGCAGAUUCUCCCUGAGCUUGCAAGCAAUCUAAUCAGUGGACCUCGUAAGAUGGGAAACUCUGAUGAAACAACUGCCACUGUGUGUAACAUGAUGCAGAGCCUGAUAUCAACAGACCCUGAGGCGGGAAAGAGGGCCCUCAGCUCUGAGCUAAUAUCAGCAGUGGCUGACCUCAGUGAAGAUGGGUCAUACCCCAAAGGCAGCAAAGCAGCAGCCCUUUUGCUCUACAGUUUGUGGAAUGAUAAGAGUCUUCAGGGAACUCUUAAAAAGUUGGGCUUUACCAAAGCACUUUUUGUCAAUGAAAACACAACAGCAGUUCAUAAGUCUAAUCAAGUCAUCGACUAAUUCAGCUGGAGCAGUGUGUAGGUCUGGAAGGUUGGACCCCCCUGUAUAUGCAGCAGAUUUAACCAAGAACUUUUUCUUUGAAAAGGACUGUACUUUGUAUUGUGUUUGUGCAUGCUCACUGAUGCCCCUCUGGCUGGCUUAUUAUAAAUGCAUUGUAUCAUAUUGUGUAAAUAUUCUGUCAAAAAGUAAUGUGCUCCAUUACUAAUGACCCCAAGGGGUUUUGUAUUUAAUGUGGAAAUGUUUAGUAAGUGCAGAAAAGGCUUGUGUGGUUUGAGGUCGAAUGUGUGCUGGAACUUUUAAGUCAGGUGGUCUCGAUACAUGACAGGUAGUACUGUAACACCAACGGUUGACCUAACGACUGAGACUGUGCAGCUAAUGGGAUUUGUUUGAUAGUAACCUGAGGAGGGCUACAUGCUAAAUAUAAAGACGUUCUGCAUACUUCAGAGAUAGAAUAAGUCUAGUUGAUGCCGACCCAGCCCGGGUUUCAUUUAACUAAAUGGCUGAUGCAUCUGGAUAAUCAACAUGGACUAAGAUUAGGUCUAAUUUAUUGUUGACUCUAAGCGUCACUUUUUAAUGGCCGAGACUCUUAAUGUGGCUCCAACUCAUAUCCCAAUGAAAGUGUUUAGACAAUAUGCACCUGACCUAAAAAAUAUGCAUUCUGUGAAGAGGGUGGCCUCUCCACAGAUAUGACCUGUAACUUGGUCUGGUUGUGCCACCUUUGUCUCCAUAAAGAUAAAUACGUUUUAUGCCAUACUGUGGAACAUUCGAGGAAAAGCAGAAACGUCUCCAUGGAGACAAGCAGGUGGCAGACCCUCCACCAGAAAAGUUACAUAGUACACCUUUAAGAGUAAUGUCUUAAUAUAAUUAAUAUAAACACUAAGGACCAGAGCUGGGCAUGAAGUCUUUCCCAGCAUAUAACUGUGUUACUUUUUGAAUGUGCAGUAUAUAAUCUUGUAUUAGGCAGAAUGUUUCCAUUUACUACUCACAAUUCAAACAUAUGGUAAUAGCAAUAACAUUGUCAGCUGGUUUUUCACUUGUUCAUUUUAAUAUUCACUUGGUUGUGGUUCAGCUUUUUCAAUAUACAUCCGGUUGUUUAAAAUAUAAAUGCUUUUAUAUAUUUUUUUCUAUCAUGUUUGUUCAGUGGUUUGUUGUUUAAGGGUCAAGAAAUAUUGGAAUUAUAGAGCUCAAUGGCCAAAAUCUAAUUUUCGUAAUGAAGUUUGUAUUUGUCUUAUAAUCAGAUGUUUUAUUUCAAGCAGAUGUGAUUGGCUCAAGUUCAUCCAUUGAAACAUGUUCAUUAGCUUAAAAUACACACAUUUUGUUAGGUCAGAUUUAGAUAAAACAUUGACACUUAAACUGUGCACAGAAUUUGACAGUAGGUAUGUAUUGAUCAAUGCUACUGUCUGUCAGUAUUGCUUACAAUGCAUUUGAGUAGUGCGUAUGUAAUGUAUAAUUAAGAGGAUUCCCUGGCACAAGUCUGUACAUGGUAUACUUUACUUACAUGCGCUGUUAUUUGUAUUGUGAUGUAAUGUGUAAAUGUGUGUUAACAAAAACAAUGUAUGUGACACAGACUGGAGUUUGAUACUAUAUUAUGUAACGUAUUGCCAUAAACAUUGCCUAAACAACUAAUAAAAGUUUGAACAAUGCCUUAAAGCAGAGUUCUAGUGGUGUGUGA